UCUCAAGCACCAACUUCCGCACAAUUCUCCACACCAAUUGUCACCCAGGAAGUGAGCAGCUUUCCCAGCAACUAAGUACUUCAGUCUUACGACAUCACCAGCGAAGUAUGGCAGCUUCAGCACGAACAAUGUCGCUGUCCAGCACGGCUGCGGUAGCUCCUUCCCGCCUGUCUUCUCUUGCCGCAUUCACAAGUCCCGUGGUCAGUGCAGUUCCAUUCAAUUCUGCUCCAUCUCUGAAGAACUCGAUCAACAUACGGGCCACUUAUGAGGAGCCACGCGCUGCCAGAAGAGAAAUGCUGGCUGGUUUGAUUGCCACCGGUGCCGCUUUGGCUUCAGCAGGAAGCGCCUUGGCCGCAUCGGGUCCAGGAAUUCCAGGAGCGAAGCGCACCGCCCAAAAGGCAGACGAACUGCUCAAGGCAGGCGAUGACCUCAUCAACAACGACUCUCCUCCACGAUUCGGUGGCUCUCGCGUCGAGGGCUCUCUCAAGAACUCAGGCAAAAUCGCUCAACAGGCUGGAUCAGGGGCUGUUGAGGGACUCCAAGACGGUGCCAGCAAGACCAUCGAAGGUGCCAAGAAGAAUGCAAAGAUAGCUCAAGCACGAAUCGAUGGAAUCUUCGGAAAGAAGAACGUAGUGGCCAACAAUCCCUUGGAGAAAGCAGCUGGCAGUGUGAAGGGUGGCGUCGACGAUCUCCUGAAGAACGGAUCAGGCAAGAUCAAGGCGGACGUGAGAACCGCCGCAGACAAAGUCAAGAGCGAUGUCGCAUCUACCCGCGGUCUGGGCAAGAAAGCCAACAGCAAGGCCGGCAACAUCGUCGAUCAAGCCCGAGACAAUGCAAGCAACGCAGUUGAAGAAGGAAAAGGGGUGCUGGGCAAUAUCAAGAACCAAAUCACUGCUUUGCACUUCCCAUUCCAGUCCGAAGGGAGUCUAUCAGCUUCCGGGCCGCUUUAUCUGAGGAAGUGCUCUGGCUACGCUGCAUCGGGUCAGGAGUUUUAGCAGCAAAGCAGCAGACGGUACUCAAGGUCGAUGAGCAACUGAAAGCAGGCAAGGAAUGACUCUCCUCCACGAUAUGGCAGUUCUGGGUUUGGAGAUCUCUGAAUUGGUAUGGCAGAGUUGCCAAUGCUAAACAUCAUCGUCCAACGACUGAGAAUUUUCCACUUCCCCGAUCACUGUCAACCGUUUGACGAAGCAACCCAUUCUAUAACACGUAACAAUGACGAUGGACUCUGAGACGCGUAGAUACUCAACCGGUAUGACUUGACGACAUUACAGUGACGGAUCAGGAGCUUUUCAUAGACUUCAAGAUGGUUCCAGCAAGACAACCGAAGGUGCGAAGAACAAUGCUCAGAUGAGACUGGAUGGAAAUUCCAUCCAGUCAUCUGCAUUCCAUCAUGGAAUCCAGUGGCGAGCAAGCCUGUGGAUGAAGCUGCGGGGUUGACGAUCUACAUAAGCACGAACCAAGUGAGAUGAGGUGAGGUGAGAUCGGACGUGAGCACAGCAAGUCAACAUCGUCAAUCAAAACAAAACUUCGCAACGAACUCGA